AUGGUUCAGUGUUUCGCUGUUUUACUGAUUCUCUGUUUUUCUGGGGGUUCACUGGGAACAACUACCUCACCUCAGCAACAAAACACCGCAAAGUUAAAAGAUUUAUGCGAGGUAAGAAGAGAGAACUAUUUUACCUUUCAAAAGUAAGUUCACAAUAACGUUGCACGGAAACCGCCUGCCACUGGACUCAUUGCUACCAUUCAAAUACAUGUACAGGCUUUUGCACAGUUAUUUGAGUGCUAUCUUUAACUUGCACAAGUUAAUAUCCUAUCACAUAAACCGCAAAGAUACACACAUCAUAACACAUACAGUUAACACAUUUCAAUUGUCGACCUUUUUGUCCCUGCUUCACAGACUAGGAAUUCAAACGACAGUUUUUCGAUAGCACACUUUCUUCAUCACCGGCUAUUGUGCUCUUACAAAAGAAUUGAAGCGACGGGUGGGUGACUAUUAGCUUUUAGGGUAAAGAGGAAUGAAUUAGUUCAUCGUCACGAAUGUUUGAUCGAAACUUGCAGAAAACUGACCUUCAGUCGUGGGGAAAUAUUCUGUAAUCCUUUCAGAAAUCGCUGUUUUCAAGCACAUGCCACAAGUGUUUUUUUUUUUUUUCAAUUUCAUCAAGGUGUAAAAACAAGGUAUAGUGCGUUUUCACUCACGUGGCAACCAUCUAAGCAUAUUUAUUGGAACAAAAGAAAGCAUUUACAUAAGAACAAAAUCCAACUUCCACAUAAUUAUUGUGGAGCACCAACAUGGCCGCCGUCCCGCGAUUUAGAAAACUAAUAUAGUUCCCGUGACGUCACAUGUGAAAACACUCUCUUUAGAAAAACAAAUAGACCAAAAAGGCCCAGCUCGCACCCCCCUCCCCCGACGUCUUUUAAUCUAGGACAUCUAUAUUUUCAGAAAUCUAUACUGUGUCAUGGUUUUCCCGGCACACCAGGAUCAAACGGCAUGCCGGGAAUGCCCGGUGUUUCGGGGCCGCAAGGACCUCAGGGAAGGGAAGGUGCAAAAGGACAAAACGGUGAUAAAGGAUCACAAGGAACGCCGGGUCCACGAGGAGACAGAGGGCGCGAAGGGCCUCUCGGGAAGAGUGGACCGCCAGGAAUCAAGGGAAUAAAAGGUGAACAGGGACUUGUGGGAAUGAAAGGAGAGCCAGGCAUUGUGGGAAAUCAAGGAAGAAAAGGAGACAAAGGAGAGAAAGGAGAAAGCGUCAAAGCAAGUCAAGCAAGUGUAGUACCACAAACCAACUGGAAACAAUGUGUGUGGAAAUCAGCUAGCAAUACUGAUAACGGAAAGAUUAAGGUAAACAAGGGACGGGCUGAAUGAGAACAACAACUCGGGUUUUUCCAAAGACUUUUUAACAAAAAUUUACAGCUAUAGGAAAAUGAAUUUUCCUACCACUCUCAACUUUUAAAUCCGCUCCCUGCCAAAGCCGUAUUAAAAAUAUAAUAAUAGAAAGCAGUUCAUUCCUUUUGGUUUUAUUUCAGGAUUGCAGCUUCAACAAAUUGAAGUCCGAUACAGCUCUUAAAGUCUCAUACCAGGGAAAUGUGAGAAUGCAUAGUGAUCAGAAGUGUAUUCGAUUGUACUUCAAAUUCAAUGGNACCACAAACCAACUGGAAACAAUGUGUGUGGAAAUCAGCUAGCAAUACUGAUAACGGAAAGAUUAAGGUAAACAAGGGACGGGCUGAAUGAGAACAACAACUCGGGUUUUUCCAAAGACUUUUUAACAAAAAUUUACAGCUAUAGGAAAAUGAAUUUUCCUACCACUCUCAACUUUUAAAUCCGCUCCCUGCCAAAGCCGUAUUAAAAAUAUAAUAAUAGAAAGCAGUUCAUUCCUUUUGGUUUUAUUUCAGGAUUGCAGCUUCAACAAAUUGAAGUCCGAUACAGCUCUUAAAGUCUCAUACCAGGGAAAUGUGAGAAUGCAUAGUGAUCAGAAGUGUAUUCGAUUGUACUUCAAAUUCAAUGGAAAUGAAUGCAGUGGACCAAUGACGAUCGAGGCUGGUGUGUACAGUGCCUGGGGUGGGAGUACCCCAAACCUUCAUCACCAUCGGUCAUUUGAGGGCUACUGCGAAAACAUUCCCAAAGGGACAGUUCGGGUGGAAUUAUGGGUAGGCCAGUGUGGCAGCUGGAACUUGGGCGAUUCUUACACUGGUUGGAUUUUCGUGUCCCGUAUAAUGAUUGAAGAAGUAUCCAGGCCGCAGUCCUAA